AUGGCAGAUAGCACUUUCACGAAGGAGAGUAUCCCAUCGACCCCGCUGCACCCGCUUAAGGACAAGUGGUUUAUCUUCUACAUCCCUGCCUCGAAGGGCAACGAGUACGAGCAUGAGACCAAAGAGCUCGGCUAUGUCUCCACUAUCGAGGAGGUGUACAGCACCAUUAACACGCUGCCACCCAUCACACUCCUCCCGAACGAUGACAAUCUAGUCUUCUCGCGAAACAAGAUCGAGCCGCAGUUUGAGAGCUUUCCAGGUGGCAUGCGCUUUUCCAUCUUCUGCAAGACAAAGACUCAGUGCCGCGAGGCCAUGACGUACGUUGUUGCGGUUGUCCUGGGGGAAGCCAUUGGUCGUGACGCCUGCAAGGGUGAAUCCCCGUGCGACAUUGUGCGCAUUGGCCACAAGGGCAGCGUAAUGUACAAGGAAUCCGUGCGCAUUGAAGUAUGGGCUCACCAAAGUCCACAUAACGCGGCCAUGGAGAAGUACCUCGUGUCCACUCUGUCCACCAUCCCCGGCAUCACGGUCAGUGCUCGCCCGUUCAAGUAG